CAAAACAACAUGGCGGACGCCAGGAAAACUUGAGGAACUGUCAGCUUCAUGUGAUUAAAGCUGCAUUUAGGACGUGGCUACCUAUAUCAUAAGCGUGGGUGACUUAGAAUCAACAUGGCACAGGCAAACGAGAUAGAAGACAUGAAUGUUGGAGAAGGAGAGGAUCCUGGUUUGACAGAUGACGCCGAAAUGGCUCUCACUGGCAUCAACAUGCUGCUAAACAACGGUUUCGACGAAGCUUAUGCUCUCUUUGAGAAAUACAAAAAUGAAAGCCCAUUGAUGCAUGCAGGCUACAGCUUUGUGUUCUUCAUGCAAGCUCUCAUGUCAUUCGAGGAAGAAAAGUUGGGCGAGGCUCUAAAAGUUCUCCAGCACACUGAGAAGAAAUGUGAAAUAAGUGAUGGCUUUUUACGAUCAGUGAAGAAACGGUUUUCAAAGAAAAAACGACAGCAAUCAGAGGCUGAGGUGAGUGUUGAGGAUCGUAUCCAACGCCAAGUGAUUGUUGCCGACUCGUUGCUGUACCAGGCGAUUCUUGUCUUCACGAACCAGGACAUCGCUAGUUAUGUAAAGGGUGGGUGGUACCUACGAAAGGCUUGGAAACUCUAUGAAAAGGUUCAUAAAGAGAUCUUGGAUCUCAGUGAGAAACAAGCCCGAGCAAAGAUUGAAAAAAUGACCAACAGCCUUCCUUCCAACACCAACCAGAACAGUGUGUACGUCCAUGACAGCGCCACCGAUGGCAAUGACAAUGAACUGACGGAGGAAGUUCUUUCGCGUCUUUGCGGUGCCGUGAAUUUCGGAUAUGGUACAUUCCAGUUGUGUAUAUCCAUGGUGCCUCCGAAGAUAUUGAAGCUGAUUGAGUUUCUAGGGUUUGAAGGUGAUCGGGAAGCCGGACUAGGUUCGCUGGAGUACACAAGUCACAGCAAGGACAUGAAGGCACCUCUUGCCACGCUGGGGCUGCUGUGGUACCAUACUGUGCUCAGGCCGUUCUUUGCUCUCGAUGGCGCCAAUAGCUUCUGUGCAGGUACAGCAGAAGCUGAGAACAUCAUUGCUGAGAAGGAGAAUGAUUUCCCCAACUCUGCUCUCUUUCUGUUCUUCAGGGGUCGGAUACACAGGCUGAGGAAAGAGAAUGACCUGUCCCUGGGGAUGUACCAGAAGGCCCUGGAGGAGGCUGCAGGCCAGAGGGAGAUAGAACUUAUGUGUCUCUACGAAAUCAGCUGGUGUAAUCUACUGAAGCUGAGGUGGAGUGACACGCUAGAAGGAUUCACAAGACUGAGAGCAGAAUCAAAAUGGUCCAAGGCAUACUACUCCUAUCUUAUGUCAGUGUGUCUAGGAGCUCAGGGAGAUGUAGACAAGGCUUAUGAAAUCCUGAAGGAGGUUCCGGGGCUUGUGAAGAAGAAAAACAACCAAAUAGAGGCGUUUGUUGGGCGCAGGGCUGAGAAGUUCAAGAAGGUGCCGCCCACACAGGAGCAGUGCCGCCUGCUGACCCUGGAGCUGGUGUUCCUGUGGCACGCCCUGCCCACCUGCACCCAUGAGGAACUCAAACCCAUGCUGGACGUGUGUGACAUGCAGACUGACCACAAGAUCUACCACCUGAAGUGUCUGGUGGAGGGCUCCAUAUACAAGGAGCUGGGUGAGGAGGAGAUGGCAGUGCAGUGUCUGAAGGAGGCGCUGGCUCGGCACCAGGGGAUAAAGGAUGACUACCAUGUUCCGGCCUUCACUCUGUUUGAGCUGGCCUCUAUCUACAUGAAGACCCCAGAGAUGGUUGGCGAAGCAAAGGCCUGCCUCCAGAAGAUCAAGGAUAAUUUCAAAGAUUAUGAUUUUGAGAAUCGCCUGACUGUUCGUGUGAACAACGCCUUGAAGGAGUUGAAGCGCCGGUCCCAGGAGGCUGGUGUGGACAAGAAGGGCAAGAGCUAACUGACAGUGUCAUACUAUUUCGCGUACAUAUCCAGGACUGAGUGAGUUAUCUCCCUUGCAUAUCAAAUCAUUCUCCUAGACAGGUAGCCUGUGGUUGACCACAUUGAUAAACCUUGUCAAAGAGACGAUUUGUAGCAGUUUAGAAUUAUAUUGUGUCUUAUAUCUAAGGUCUUGAUAAAUAGAAAAGCUUUAUUGGUAGAUUAGUUGUAGCUCCAGGAAUAUGAUUCCAGUUAAUAUUUUGAAAAUGGUGAUUUGAUUAUUUCUGGUGACUGUUUGAUGUCGUCUAGUAAAUUCUGUAUGUCAGAAUAAGUGCCACUUUCUGAGGCACAUUUGGUAAAUAAUCCUUGGUGAAAAUAUUAUACUUCAAUGCAGAACAUUGACAUUAUUCUUGGCAUUUUGUCCCUUGUCACUUUUACAGUGUUGCUAUUUUGUAUUAUUAUCAUACUGCUACAGAAGUUUAAGUUUUAACCUGUGGAUUAAACUGUGGAGCAUAUUCCUCACCUAUUCCAUGUGUUUACCUGAAGUUGAGUCAGUAAAUAUUUCAAGAUUAAACUGCUUGCCUUGUGGUCUUCCCCAGAACAUUGAACCCAAGCAAGGGGAAUAACUCAUACAGUUUUACAACCUUCAGAACCCAUGGUCUUCCGUCAGUAUCAGCGUUUUGUUUACAAAGUUUUAGUCAACUGUGAAUAUUUUACUACUCUAUUUAUGUGAGCACGUUACCGUGUACGGUUCUUGCCUAUGUAUUGUGUGUACAGUGUACCAGUUGAUACAUUUCAUUGUUGAACAACACCACACAUUGAUUUGUGUAGCUUUCAGUCCUUUGAUUACCUCCGAUAUCAUGUUGAAUAAAGUCUUGAUUACGUCAAACUGUCUUGCGUGGAAGAAGGGGACAACAGGGUUAAUAACGACCAAUACUCUUUUUGUGAGAAAUAAUUUGAGAUGUAUCAGUUGUCAUGAAUGUUGUUUGCUGAGCGUUGAGUCUUGUUGGUUUGUAGCUAUUGCCUGUACCCUGUCCACUAAGUCCCAAAGUCCCAAAGUCUCAUUGUAUGGCUUUGAAAAUUAUUUUUACCUGAAUAACCUUCAAAAUAUAUGGGGUUGGAUAUGAAUGAAAUUUAUGAAGUAAAAAUUUGUUUGCAGGUAGAAAGGUAUUUAACAUUGCUUAUGAGAACUUUUGAUGAUUUAAUGGGAGAACACCCAAAUUUGUAUGGUAGUGUUAUUUGCAGUAUCAGGUUAAUUGAGUAUUGUUUUCAUGAUACAAGCAUGAUAUAGGUAGAGACUUAGAUCUAUAUCAGAAGCUCUGUUCUGUGUCAUUUUGCCCAUCCAUGGUACAUCUUGAGAGACUUAGUGAAUAAUAAUAAACUUAAAUCUUGUUUAAAAGAAACUAAAGCUAAACAAUCUCUUCAAAAUCAGAUCUUGUACUCCGAUACAAUGCCUGUCUGAGUGAAUAUCUGCAGACAGAGAAGAUCACAUCUGGUGAACCAUGAGUGAACUAUGACCCCCCAAUCUAAAUAAAGGAUACAUGGUUUCUUGAGCCAAUCAAAAGUCAGCAUUCGAAACCGCUUUCAUUUCUUUGUCGCCUCUGUUCAGAUAUUUUGAUCUUAGCAAAGAAAACCCCAACAGAUCACAAACAUACUCUUGAUUUAUUGACCAAUCAGAGUUUAGAUGCCUUGGCGCUCAGGACCAACACAUUGUAGGAAAAUAUCCUACAAUAUUAUAAUGCUGCUUUAUUAUUUUGCAUAUGGUACUCCCCUGUUGUGUUCAUUUUCAAGAUACAGAAAUCAGAUAUUCUUGUCGGAAUAUUUCAUCACUAAUAUUUAGAAUUUACAAGCAUCAGCGCAGAUGGUUGACCUCAUGUGACCUCCCGUAGAAGUGUCCUAAGAUUUUCAAGACGCAUCAUAUCAGAGUGAAGGAUACGUUUUCAAUGAGAUUGAACAUUACACAGACACUGAAUAUUGGCCAUGGGCUAACAUUUGCGUCUGACCUUUAUUGAUGUAUCUAAGAGAUGGCAGUUUACUAUCAAGGCACCAAUAUCCGCCAUCUUCCUAUCUUCAUAGACACAUCACAUCUAACAGUAUAUAUUUUUAUAAACUUGUGUAUGUUCAUAAUUUGCGGUAGUUGUGUAAGGUAGCAGAUAACAUGGCUACCGACUGAAGGCAAUCAAACAGUGCAGGACUACGCUACAAGUAUUUCCUGAAGGAUGAAUUUCCCACCUGUAUCUGCUCAUGAGCUCAGUGUUUACACUUGCCCCUACCCAUGACUAGUCAAUAUGUGAAAGGGCUAGUGGAAUGAAAAAAGGCUGCUAGCCACAGAACUUGCUUAAUCUCACAUAAAUCUUUCAAGAAUGUAUCCAUUUAUUCCUUACCUUUCCAAACUGUAAUGAGACCAAGCAUCAUUACUUGAAGUGAGUGCUGUGAUAGUUGUAACUCCCAAACUUUGCAGGCGACUGUGCUUGUUGUAAAAGGCGACUAUGCUUGUCGUAAGAGGCAACUAACGGGAUCGGAUGGUCAGGCUCGCUGACUUGGUUGAUGCAUGUCAUCAUAUCCCAAUUGCGUGGAUCGAUGCUCAUGAUGUCAAUCACUGGAUCGUCUGGUCCAGACUUGAUUAUUUUACAGACCGCCGUCAUGUAGCUGGAAUAUUGCUGAGUGCGGCGUUAAACAACAAACCAACCAACCAACCCAAACUUUGCUUACACUGGCAAUAAUCAUAUCAAUUUCUGAUUCUGACUUGUAAGUACUAAAUGUUACUUUUCAUAUGUUCAUAAUAUCAAUCACUAGUUUGUUUGGUCCAGCCUCCCUAAUUCUUUUCAUCAGUAUGUGACUAAGCCACCACAAGGAUCAUAUGAUCAUAUGUAUAUUAUUCCAAUCAGUGAAUAGAAGACAGGAUGUUCCUAUAGCAUGUUAAUGCUGAUACUGUCUCAAGACAUUCCAUGGUUGUCCCAAAAUACGAUGUCUCCAAAGCCAUUCCUGUAAAGCCUGUAUUCCUUCACGGUAGCUUCUGGAUGCCUCUGGGCACAUCAAAUGUGAACAUUUCUCAGGUUCAUAUCAUUGGUUGAAGUCAGUACAUUUCAUGAUUGUUUGAGGUAUAUGUACACACAAUUUACAAGAAUGUUAUAUCUUGAGAAAAACCACUGAACUACUGUUUGCAUCGAUUUAGAAAUUUUUUAAGAGCUUCCAUUUUGUUUUUGUGUUGUUGAUGUUGUGUUUUCUUGGUUUGAUUUGUGAGAAUAAGCAAUAUGUUGAAAGAUUUAAUAUUGUAUGUUUUUUUGCCUUAGUUUCUUAUGGUCAGGUACCAUUAAGUGAACACCUACCACAUUAAUGAAACUGAAACUACUGUUAAAGAAACCUUAGAAAUAUCAGGACCACUAGGGGUGGGACGAGUCCAAAUGUCCUACCUGGGUACCCAGCCCCCUAUUGCCUGCCCUACCCGGGUACCCAGCCCCCUAUUGCCCUGCCCUACCUGGGUACCCAGCCCCCUAUUGCCUGCCCUACCCGGCCCCCUAUUGCCCUGCCCUACCCGGGUACCCAGCCCCCUAUUGCCCUGCCCUACCUGGGUACCCAGCCCCCUAUUGCCUGCCCUACCUUGGUACCCAGCCCCCUAUUGCCCUGCCCUACCUGGGUACCCAGCCCCCUAUUGCCCUGCCCUACCUUGGUACCCAGCCCCCUAUUGCCCUGCCCUACCCGGGUACCCAGCCCCCUAUUGCCCUGCCCUACCCGGGUACCCAGCCCCCUAUUGCCCUGCCCUACCCGGGUACCCAGCCCCCUAUUGCCCUGCCCUACCCGGGUACCCAGCCCCCUAUUGCCCUGCCCUACCCAGUACCCACUGUAGAUCUCAAGUUGGCUACAAAAUGUUCAGUUGGCAAUUGUUUUACCUGAGACCUGGCAAAAAAGAUAUAGUAUAAAAUGAUCUGAUCAUGCACACACUGAAGUUGAUAGAAGCUUUGUCUUUACUCAAAAAAAAGUCAGAAGGAAGCUGUGCAUAGUCAGAAAGAAAUGUGAACAGCAGCAACUUGUACUAGUGUAACCAUGGAAUGUUAUUAUUGUUACUAUGGGUACCCGGGUCCUACUCAGCACCCACCCGACCCAAGUACCCGAGUUACCCGUCCCAGCCCUAAUGAUCACAUAAUUACCGAUGAUAUGCAUCAUCCAUGCAGUAGACAACAGCAGCAGGAGGUGACGUUGCACAUUGACCAAUACACGCAUGAUCUGCAUCAUCCAUGCAGUAGACAACAGCAGCAGGAGGUGACGUUGCACAUUGACCAAUACACGCAUGAACUCCACCUGCACCGCGCACACUCCAACACGCUCCCAUGUUCAUUGCACACUGACUCACAGACACACCACCAAACACUGUGGGCACACCAAUAUUUCUGAUGUUCGUCAGCAGUAGUUGUUUACAUUGUUUUUAUACCUUCAAACAGGUAUGUUUUCUGGGUACAUUUGUAUAAAGCAGUCGAAGUGCUGUGACUGAUGUUAACUAUUACUUAGCUUGUUGCCAUAUGGCACAAAUAAUGCAGAUGAGGCAUUAAAUUUUUACUCUCUCACUCGACAAUUACAUAGAUUUCUGUAGUAGACUGAACAUUGGCUUAUAUGUGGCCCGUUCGGCUUCAUGUAUUACUUGAUGCUGGAUGUAGUUCCAUAUCAGAUGCAAUCUCAUUAAAAUCAGACCUCAGUUCUCGCUACCGCUAAACAAAGAUCUGAGGACAUCCCAUUAGGUGUCACGUCAGAACGACCUUUCAUCCGACCAAUCAGAGCAUCGCU